CCGGCGAGGACUGUUGGCGUGAAUGAAGAUGGCGGCGUCCGGCAGCGAGCACGCGACUGUUAUUCCAGGAGGUUUUACAGUGUUGUCACUGAAGUUCAGAGAAGAAGAUGCUGCAGCUCAUCAGCUGUGUGUUAAAGAACAUCGAGUCCGAUCCGAGAAAAACAUCAACAGACCUCAAGACAGAACACUCUUCAUCCUCAACAUCCCUCCAUACUGCACACAGAGUGUGGUCACAGAUAUGUUCCAGCAGUUUGGAGCAAUCGAGUCUGUAGAGCUGUGUGAGAGACCAGGAGAGAGUAAAUCCAGCUCCAGUAACCUGUCCAAACUCUUCAGACCUCCAGAGAAAUAUUGUUUCAGAGUGGGGUAUGUGGUGUUUAAAAAGGCCUCCAGUGUGACAGCAGUGAAGUGUCACCCACAGAGCAGCCCACUCAUCGUCUCCACUAAAGAACGGCCCGUCAAAACCGGCAUUGACAAGUGGAUCGAGCAGUAUUCACAAUCAGUGAUUCCAGGUCAGACUCUGCAAACAGCCGUCGAUGACUUCAUGAAUGAGUUUGACAGACAAAAGAAAGAGGAGGAGCGUCUGAAGGUGGCGGAGGAGGUGGAGGAGGAGCAGGAGGAGGAGGAGGAGGAGGGCUGGGUCAAAGUGAAGAAGGGCAUUCGUGGCGUUAAGGCCCGCCCACACAGCCAGGCGGCCAAUGAGAAAACGCUUCGGAAAGAAAAAGCUAAGAGCGAACGGAAGGAGCUGGUGAACUUUUACUCGUGGCAGCACAGAAACACUCAGAAAGAACAUCUCGCUGAGCUGAGGAAGAAGUUUGAAGAAGACAAACAGAAAAUUGCUUUACUGCGAGCGCAGAGGAAAUUCAAACCCUACUAACAAACAUUUACCCACAUUCCCCUGCACGCUAUACUUAUAACAUAUGACAUCAUCUCUGUUAACACAAACUCUGAAGCCGUUCUGUUGAAUUUUCCUAUUUGUGUGAGUUUUUUGUACUACAGUUGUUCUAAAUUGUGCGACUUAAAUAAAGAAGUUUAAACCCCACU